UUUGUAUAUAAGUUAUCCGAUCUGCGUGUUUCAAAGGGGGGUGUAUUCUUCUUUUUCUGUUCAUAUAUUUUCAUGUUGAUGGAUAUGCUAUACCUGCUGAAACCUCAGUAAAUACUAUAAAUCACACGGGACAGCUAUAUGGAUCGUCAUGUUCCAGAAUUGUUGUUCGGCUUUAUUAUUCACAGAUGACGGACAACCCUACGUCCCCAGGCUCCGUACCUUCUCAUUUCCCUACCCAUGAUGGGCCACGGGUUUGGGUUAUAUCAGCGGGAACCUCACCCAUCGGCAUCUCACUGGCUCGCCAGCUGCUUGCCCACGGGGAGAUCGUCGUCGCCGGUGUCCCUGAACCGAACCCUGAACGGGAAGAUCCUCGCAGCGCUGACUUUGAAGCCCUUCUGGGCGAACUCUCUGCCCAAGGUGUAGGAUGCAGGGAGCGUAUGAAGCCUGUGGUUAUUGACAUCAGAAUGAUGAAUGAAUGCCAAACUAUUGUGGCAGAGGCCAUUAACGCAUUUGGAAGAGUCGAUGUUUUGGUAUGCUGCACGAGCCAAGCAAUAAUUGGCACUGUCGAGGAACUUGCUUCAUCUGAACGGACUCGACUUCUAGUAAAGGACCAGUUCGAAACCAAUUACUUUGGCCCAGUAAAUCUAAUUAAGGCUGUUUUACCCCAAUUUCGGAAGCAGAAAAAUGGCCAUAUUCUCGUCGUUGGGGGCAUUACCGGCCAUAUAGGUACCCCUGGGUUAGGGGUUUACUGUGCAGCAGGUUGGGCUUUAGAGGGCUUCUGUGAUAGCCUCGCCUACGAAAUCGCCCCUUUCAACAUCCGCCUCACCAUCCUCCAAUGCAGCAUCGAAAUCGGCAUUCUCACAAACCUUAUCACCAGUGUCCCUCCCAUCCUCCCCGCUUACUCCCCCUCCACAAACUACGCCCCGUUAUUCCGCGGCAUUAUGAACGGCCUUCUCUCUCGCCUGCCAAAUCUCCAGGGAUCCUACAGCCAAUCGCCCGAGGCAGCGCCGGAGACGUAUCCUUCCGCCUCCCCAGUAUCCCCAUCCGCGUCAUCAACAGCCUCAACGAACACAAAGUCCUACACUAACAAUGGAACAAAUCCACGUCCUUACGCCAGCAGACAAACAGAAGACACCGACGCCGACCUUGACGAAGAGCCCAUCAGCUCAACCUGCAACGAACCCCUAUCCGCACCAACGGUAGUAUCUAUUUAUCCACCCCUGAGCCCCGCGCAUCUGGAUGUACUAAUUGCGGAAACCAUCCAUGCGAUCACGGCCAUUGGUGGACAUGAGAAUCCGCCUGCUAGGCAUAUUGUAGGGGCGGAGGGCAUUGCGGCCGUCAAGGAGAAGUUGAAGACGGUGACCGAGGAGCUCGAGGAUUUUAUUGAGUGUAGCAGCGCGGUGGAUAUUAAUGUUGAUCCAGAUGCUGGGAGUUUGAGUGCGAGUGGUGUAGGUGGAGGCGGAGGCGGAGGUGGGUAGGGGUCAAAUGCAGGUGCGGGGGAUGGGUGGUGAUUGGUAUUUCAUGAGUAUACUUACAUUUUCAUAUAUUUACGGGGUUAUUGAUGGGGUCCUGCUCGAUGUAUAUACCUACUUGUUUUAUGAAUACUUGGAGUCCACGAGAGGAAUUGUGGGGAGGAAGGUAUUGUGGUAUAUCAUUAAUUGAUCUCAAAUCCCCAUUAACCGGGAAGGACAGUUAAAUAACCCUAAUGAAGUUUCCCGGUGGCUAUUCUACAUCUAAGUGGCAAAAAUUUAUGAUUUGCGAUGCAAAGGUUUUGUUCUUCAAUCAUAAAGAACGCCAGCAUUGUCCAGUACAAAUAUCAGAUCCCGUGCCCACAUGAUACAUUGA